AUGAUGAGCUUCAUGCUAAGUGCCUUUUGCAUGAUUGCUAUUUUCUUCAACACAGGGAAUUGUCUUAAGUGUCAGAAAUGUGAAAACACGAAUGGUAAAACAUGCUCUGGAGAGCUUGAGACGUGUGAUCAAUCUGUCGACAGCUGCUUGACUACAUUAGUUGUUACAAUUGAUGGUACCAACAUCAUUUCACACAUCACAAAGUCUUGUGUGUCCAACACCGAUUUGUGUUAUGCUAAUUAUAACAUGACAUUUGGAUCUAUGCAACUGUACAGUAUAGCUCAGUGCUGCAAAAGCGAUGGGUGCAACAAAGACAACAUAAAACUGCCUCUCAUUAACCAGACCGAAAAUGGGGUAAGCUGUCCUUCAUGUUUAAAGGUAGGAGGGGAAAAGUGUGUUCCUAAAGAAACCAUUAAGUGUACUGGAGCCCAAACUAAAUGUUUCUCCUACACCGGUGGAGUCUAUAGUAAGGGCAAGUUUGUUGACACCGAUCUAAAAGGAUGCACCACUGAAGAUGUUUGCACCCACCCUGCCCCGACAUACCCAGCCACUCUGUUAAAAGAAGGAUAUAAAUUAACCUGUCCUUAAGAUUGACGUAGCAGCAAUCUACAGUAAAUGCACAUAGAUUGACAG